UGAACUGUAACUCAGUAAAAUCUUUGAAAUUGUUGCAUGUUGUGUUUAUAUUUUUGAUCAGUGUACAUGAAGUGCAUAGGUGUUAGUAGUUUAUUCAGGAUUGGGCAUUAGUGUGUUUAACCCCUUCCCUCCCUUCUUGUGUAUCUAUAGGUACCAGUCAGAGGGUAUGUGUACUGACCUGAGGAAGUUCAUUGACGGGCCAAGCCACUACCUCACUCUGCCUCCAGAGCUCAAGACUGCCAUCGAUGCCAUCACCUACAUCGCUGAGAAGGACUUUGCUGCUCUGAGGAAGGACUGGCUGUACGUAGUCAUGGUAGUUAAUCGUAUGUUCCUGUGGAUCUUCACCACUGUGAGAACCCUGGGUAUCUUCGCCGACGCCAGCUUCAACCACACCCCCAGCGACCCCUUCAAGUACCCCUAACAUGGGAUAGACACACCCACACACACACAUUACACAUUUACCAGUAAAUCUAUAUAUUUACAGUAACUCAUACAUGAACACACACGCACGCACACACUCAUAAGAUGCCCAAACUUACUUCACCAAAUCCCCUGAAGCCUACCUUGACAGUUGUCUCCAGCGUCCAAAGCACAGACAUGUGUGGCUAGAUCCUCCUCCACACACUUUCCUUACCUCCAGCGAUGCCUUGAAUAACAGCUACUGUACAGUCUAUGAGUAGCUAUGUACUGUGCAUGUGUUCUUUUCUAUAUCUGCUGUCCUGAAGUGUGACAUUCCCAGGUUGGAAGACUCCUUGAAUCAGGAUGGAAGCAGGAAAUCCGGCAAUCAUCCAACCGACAGAAUUUCUGGAAAACCUGAAAGUUUACCGGAAUUUGGCAACCGUAGACAAGACUGUAGUUGUAGUGUUACUUCUGUAUGUAUUUAUUGACAUGUAUUUGUUUGGUGUGAGAAGAUAAAGACCUUGAACACCACAUAAAGGAGCAAGUGCAUGCAUUUCAUUACCAGUGUGAGAAUUUGUGUUUGCAAAGCUAGCGCGUGCUAGCGAUAUAUAUGUACCUCUGGUAAUCUGUUGUGCAUUUUAGUGUGUGAGGGCUAUUCUUGUAUUCAGGAGUGGAAUAGCAUGCUCAUACACACACAAAACACACACACACACACGCACACUCUUUUCACCAGCUGUACCAACAACCUGUGGAAUUCCCAUUACUGUAGGAUCCUGUGCCACACACAAACACACACACAAGCCUCCC